CCCAUCACAUAGAAGGAUCCAAAGGCACAUGAAAUUGGGGGAGGAACAGGAACAGGGGUUUAUAAAAGGCUGCUUACCUCUGCAACAGAAGCAGCACAAAGUGAGGAGGAGAUGGAGGAGAUCAGAAGAGGGCCUUGGACCACGGAAGAAGACCUUGUGCUCAUCAAAUACGUCGCCCAACAUGGCGAGGGCAGAUGGAACGCCCUCGCUCGCUGCGCAGGACUGAAACGAACGGGAAAGAGCUGCAGGCUUCGAUGGCUCAACUAUCUUCGUCCAGAUGUCCGGCGCGGGAACAUCACGCCGGAGGAGCAGCUCCUCAUCCUCGACCUCCACUCUCGUUGGGGAAAUCGGUGGUCCAAAAUAGCACAGUGUCUUCCGGGAAGGACUGAUAACGAAAUAAAGAACUACUGGAGGACCAGAGUGCAAAAACACGCAAAGCAGCUCCACUGCGACGUCAACAGCACGACGUUCAAAGACGCAAUCCGGUACGUGUGGAUGCCACGCCUCCUCGAACGAAUCCGAGCGGCUUCCGGCGGCGCCGCUUUCUCUGCCUCCUGCACCAGCCCCGUCGCCACAGCCACAGCCGCCGCCGCCGCCGCCGCUGACCCUCCGCCUUCCCACCCGCUCAAGCAACCGGAGCGGGCGACGCUCGGCCCGGAAACAGUUGAGUCGUCGCUGUCGGAGGACUCGCUUCCGACUCCGUUCUCGUGCUUCGCCGACUGCCACUCCACCACCAUGCAAGGUUGGGGUGGGUGGGAACCGGAUUCCCUAUCUCUUCCCGUAUGUUGCGAUGAACAAGGUGGAUGGCCGUCAGGGGACUUGUUGAGCAGUGAGUCCUUGUGGAGCAUGGAAGACGACUGGUUCAUGCAACACCAGAUUCAAUCUUAUCAACCCUAUUGCUGAUCUCUCCUUUGAAAUAACUGUACUAGUUCGAUCACAAUUGUAACACAACCCUAUAAUUACUGA